ACUCUUUCCUACCACGAGGGCUGGAGCAAGCUGGGCUGGAAAAUGGGAUAAGAAAGGGGGAGGCGAUUAUCCCCUUAUCAACUAGAAAUUAACAGAAAACUGCAAUAUCAACAAAUUUAAAAAGGGGAAUCUUGCAGCGUGGGAUGUCUUUGCACUACAUGUCCCAGGGAAUUCUUGGAAAUCCCCCCAUUCCUUUGUAAUGGAGCACAUUGAGGAGAGAGAUUCCCCUAUUUUCUCCCAGGGAGUGGUCUGCCCCAGGGACAGAUGUCUUCGGAUCUUUUCACAUUUGGGGAUGUCGCUAAUGCACGAAAAGCUUCAAGAAGUUUGAGGAAAAUACCAAGAAGAGGAGGAAAAACCUGGAAGACGGAGGAAGCAGCAGCAGCCGUCUCCCCCCUUCCUCCACUCCUUAGGGACAGAGCAGAAAGCCAAAUAAAUGGAAGGACUUGCUUUUAAAUAGCAGAAGACAUUACGGCACUUUCCAGGUGUGACCGCACUACCUCCCCACACCACCCAGAGCUUGGCCAUGAAGAGUAGGAGUAAGGAUGAGACUAGCGACACAGACAGUGGGAUCAUAGUGCAGUCAGGAUUAGACAGCCCCAUGGCUCCCAUGAAGGACCUCACCCAAGCCAUGAGGAAGCAGCAGAAGGCUUUAGAGGAGAAACUUGAGGCCUGCAUGCAGGAGCUGAGAAGGCUGUGUUUGCGUGAGGCGGAACUGACAGGAUUGCUGCCUUCAGAGUAUCCGCUGAAACCAGGAGAGAAGCCUCCAAAGGUGCGCCGUCGAGUAGGUGCAGCUUUCAGAUUGGAUGAAAAAGCAAUUCUUUCAAGAGGAGCGGAUCCUCUGAGCACACUGGAAAGAGACCUGGCUCUCCAGCUGCAAAUCGCUGAGGCUUCACGUUGUCUUUCCCGGGAAGAGAAUCUCACCAAGCAGGUUCGGAAGCGUCGGAAAAGUGCUGUGUUGAAGGAGGAAAAGAAGCUGAAAGAACUGGAGCAUGCCCUCAUUGAGUAUCACUUGACAGCCAGGCAUUCACCACAACUAAGGGCUAGUGCCCCAGCAUUGGAAGGGUUCAGUGUCUGUAAUGAGAGCCUCCUGCUAGAUCCUUCUCAGGUAGAGAAAGAACCCCAGACGGUGAACCCUAGUCUUCCAUCAAAGCUUCCAGCUUCCACACACCACCAACCCUUGCAGAAUUCUUCAGUUCAGUCCCCUCAUCCUGGCUUGCUAGAAAGACCAACUCACAAUCAAGCCACCAGCGUGGAAAGCUCACCUAUCCAAAACAGUCCAUGGAAAGAGACCAGUCUGGAUAAACCCUAUGAGAAGCCCAAGAAAACUUCUGAGCCCAGCAGUGUGCCAAGCAGUCCAGUUGUGGUGGCACAACCUGCACCCAGUCCUGCUGCUCAGAGGAGAACUGAGGUUUCUUCCUGCAACGUUGUUCCUCCUCCUAGGAAGCUGGACGGAAGGAGGCAGGCUGGUUCCAGUGCUCCACCAACACCAGAAUUGCUAGGAAGAAGAGGGCAAGCUCAGCUGAUAAGAGUAUCUUCAUCCCGGGAUGGUUUGGAGCCCCACAGAAGAAGUGCAUUGCCAAGGCGACGCCCCACCUACUACACUGUCACUGUCCCUGAAUACUGCUUUUCUACACCUAAACCCAAUCCAGCCAUCAAACCAACCUUUCACUCUGCCUCAGAAGACAGCAAUUCAGAUGUUUCCAGCAUCUCUUAUACCACGUCUGCAGGGAGCAGCAGUCCUGACAUCUCCUUCUUGAAGCCGGUGUCUUCAGUGCCCAUGGAGGAACCCUUCCAAAGCCAGACCAGCAGGGGACAAGAAGCAGAAUACCACUGUCAGUGUCCACAGAAGCUGUUGUCAUCUUCAGGUUACUUCCCUGCUGCAGAGUAUGUAGCUGAUGGUCACCUUCCUGCUGGGAUGGAGUUCUGUCAAGGUCGGCCACCUUUUCUGUCUGCUAGCUCUGCCCACUUGGCCUUCAAGGAAGAAGUGGUGCCGGUCAGAUUCCACAGAUCCAUUGUUUCCCACAGCCGGGUGGUACGCACACCCUCACUGAAGGACUGCCCUCCAAUAGGCCCUCGGGCCCUCUCCAAGUCAGUGGUAACAGAAGAGCUAAAAUCAUGGCAUGAACGGACCCGGUUGCGCAAUGCACGACCACAUUCACUGGACAGGCAAGGGGCUAUCCGCAUGCGCAGUGGGCCAGGCAGAGAGGUGCACCUUUCAUCUUCCAGAGGACGGCAAGUUCAGGUGCCCCGUAUCCAUAUCCUGAAACGCUCUCCAGAAGGAGCCCCUGUGCAAGUCUAUGUGCCAGAAAAUGGUGAAAUCAUUACUCAGGUCUGAAUCUACCCACCUUGCAGAAGUUGGCAUUGUCAGCAGACUGACCUUCUAGAAUACAGACUUGGAUCAAGCAUAAUCUUGAUUCUACCAGUUUUGCUAUAUGAGAGAACAUUAAACUCCCAGAAGCCUGCAGAAGAAAGUAUACUUCAGGAUUUUUCUUUGCUCUUAUGGUCAUCUGACAUAAUGGAUUUACCGUUAUGGAUUUACCACCCAAUAAUUGGGUUUCUUUGUGCUGUGUAGAUUGCAAAGGACACAGAGGACUUCCAGCACAAAUUAGUGUUUGCCUACAUACCUAUUUAUUCAUUUCUGUCUGUGCUGGAGACAUCUGGGGUGCCUGUAGGUUAUGAAAACAAGAUUUAAUCUAAAGAGCCAUUCAUAGCUUCUAAGGGAAGAACCAUCCUGAGUGUACUUUAUCUUAUACUCCACUGUUCUACCUUGCUGUGGAGGCUGCUAUAGAUUUUUUUUUGUCUCUUUGGUUUUAUGUAUGAAUUGCAAAUUCUGUAUUUUCAUUUGAAUAGAGAAUUGUACUCAAAAGGAAACUCAUUUUCAUGGGUGAAAACAUAGUACGUCACUGUUUUUGUAGGUAUUUAACCAUCAUCAAUUUAUACAGUGGAGGCAUCUCUUUUUCCUUUUUUUGCCACAAGAUUAGGUCUAGUCAUAGUUUCUACUUACUGACCAAACUAGGUAAAGAUAAAGGUUUCCCCUUGACAUUCAGUCUAGUUGAGUUGACUCUGGGUGGUGGUGCUCAUCUCCAUUUCUAAGCCGAAGAGCAGGCAUUACCUGUAGACGCCUCCUAGGUGAUGUGGCCAGCAUGACUGCAUGGCGCACCGUUACCUUCCCAUUGAAGCGGUAGCUAUUGAUAUACUCACAUUUGCAUGUUUUCAAACUGCUAGUUUGGUAGAAGCUGGGGCUAACAAUGGGACCUCACUUCGCUCUGCGGAUACAAACCACCAACCUUUUGGUCAGCAAGUUCAGCAGCUCAGUGGUUUAACCUGCUGCACCACUGUGGCCUUCAACUAGAAUUGCAAAUCAGUAGGGCGGGCAAUGAAUGUACAAUAAGACAGCUAGUAUUGUCCUAAACUCUGGUGCAAAAUUAUUGGACAUACCAUUCACAGAAAGCACCUGAACAUUACAAAGCAUGUGUGUCUGUAUGUCUUUGAUUUAUGGCAACCCCAAUACAUUUUAUAGGGUUUUCUUAGGCAAGGAAUACUUAGAAAUGGUUUUGCUAGUUCCUUCUUCUGAAACACAUCCUACAGCACAUACUAUUUGUUGACACUCUUCCAUGCAAAUACUAACCAGGGUCGACCCUAUUUAGUUUUAAAACAUUUCUUUUGAUUCAGAAAGUUUGAGAUAUUGCUACCACCUAUGGAUUAGUUCAAGUUCCCAGUUUUAAUAGCUCGAAAGAUUGCUUAAGAAAGUCUCAGUGAAGGUAUGCUUAGCAAGAAUAUGUGUUAUUCCACCCCUUUGCCUUUUGCAGACCCUUGCUUUAGCUUCCUACUGCAUAUUACAUGAACAUUUCCAGGCAACUCAUUCUACAUACUUCUUGUGUUUUUUCUGUAGUAAAACUAGGGAUGCCAAACCACUAAUAAUCAGACAUGAUGAGUAAAGGAUGUAGUAUCUGCAGGACUCAUUGUCAAUUAACCAAGUUGUGCAACAUUUUUCUCUGAAGUGCCUGUCUCUGUAAUGGCCGUCCCUGACUUGGCAGUAAACAGUGUUAAAUGUAUUUGGACACUUUAUUUUGAAUAGAAUACACCAUUUAAAUUUCA